UCGGCCCCCCUCUGCCCUCGCACCCCCCCUCCCUCCGCUCGCUCGCUCAGCGCUCGCUCGCUCGCCCGCGACUCUCCGAGCGGCGGAAACUCCACGCCCGGGUUGAGAUCCGCGCCGUCUCCCGCCGUCCCCGCCGCCUCCGAUCUCCACAGGGCGGGGGGAGGAGGACGGUGCUGAGGGAGAUGGCGGCGGAGGAGGGGGCGAUGUCGCCGACGAGGAUGCUGGCGGAGGGGCACCUGCGGGUGGCCACCGGCGGGGGCGCGCCGGCCGACGGCGGGAUCGCCGUCAGGCACCUCCCGCACCACCACCCCGCGAAGAAAGAUGGUGUUGGUGGGAAAACUGAACAAGACAACCAUGAGGAUGUAGAUUCUUUACCAUCUCAAGAGUUGAAAAAACUAGCUAAUGGAAACAAUAAGGUUCCUGGUACAUUAGAUGAGUAUAAAAGGCUUGUAGUUCCAAUAGUUGAGGAGUAUUUUAGUACCGGAGAUGUUGAAUUGGCAUCUUCUGAGCUAAGGAGUCUUGGAUCUGAUCAGUUUCAGCAUUACUUUGUCAAGAAGCUCAUAUCAAUGGCAAUGGACCGUCAUGACAAAGAAAAAGAAAUGGCAUCAGUUCUGUUAUCAUCUUUGUAUGCUGAUCUACUGAGUUCCUACAUGAUCAGUGAAGGUUUUAUGAUGCUUCUGGAGUCUAUAGAAGAUCUGACUGUAGAUAUACCAGAUGCCGUUGAUCUCUUGGCAGUUUUUAUUGCACGGGCUGUUGUUGAUGAAAUUUUGCCUCCUGUAUUCCUCGCUCGAGCUAGAGCACUGCUUCCAGAAUUUUCCAAGGGUAUUCAAGUUCUGCAGGUUGUUGAAAAGAGCUAUUUGUCAGCUCCCCAUCAUGCAGAAUUAGUUGAACGCAAAUGGGGUGGAAGCACACACUUUACUGUGGAAGAGGCAAAGAAGAGGAUUCAGGAUAUUCUGAGAGAGUAUAUUGAAAGUGGUGACAUAGAUGAAGCCUUCAGGUGCAUAAGAGAGCUUAGUCUACCGUUCUUCCAUCAUGAGGUUGUGAAGCGUGCUCUCACCCUUGGUAUGGAGAACAUAUCCUCGCAGCCAUUAAUCCUGAAGUUAUUGAGGGAGGCAGCUGCAGGUUGCUUGAUUAGUUCUAAUCAAAUAUCAAAGGGUUUUUCUCGACUAGCUGAGAGUGUUGAUGACCUGAGUCUUGAUAUUCCUUCUGCUAAAGAUCUUUUUGACAAACUGGUUUCAACAGCCAUAUCUGAAGGAUGGCUUGAUGCUUCUUUUAGUAAAUCUGCUGCCUCUGAGGAAGAGAUGCGGAAUACAAGUGCUGAUAAGGUGAAGCGUUUCAAGGAAGAAUCUGGUCACAUAAUUCAUGAGUAUUUUCUCUCAGAUGAUGUCCCUGAACUCAUUCGAAGCCUUGAAGAGCUUUCUGCCCCAGAAUACAAUCCCAUUUUCCUCAAGAAGCUUGUUACGCUUGCUAUGGACAGAAAGAACAGAGAGAAGGAGAUGGCAUCUGUACUACUUUCUUCGCUCAGCUUGGAGCUGUUUUCCACUGAUGACAUCAUGAAGGGGUUCAUAAUGCUCUUGCAGUCAGCAGAAGACACUGCCCUUGACAUUGUGGAUGCUCCCAGUGAGCUUGCCCUCUUCCUAGCUAGGGCAGUGAUUGAUGAAGUACUGAUUCCGCUAAACUUGGAUGAGAUCAGCAGCAAGCUUCGGCCGAACAGCAGUGGCAGCCAGACUGUCCAGAUGGCCCGAGCCCUGCUGUCAGCUCGCCACUCCAGCGAGCGGAUUCUGCGUUGCUGGGGCGGUGGCACCGGCUGGGCCGUGGAAGAUGCCAAGGACAAGAUCGCUAAGCUUCUGGAGGAGUACAGCACUGGCGGUGACCUGGGAGAAGCCUGCAGAUGCAUCCGCGACCUUGGGAUGCCCUUCUUCAACCACGAGGUGGUGAAGAAGGCGCUGGUCAUGGCGAUGGAGAAGCAGAACGACGCAGGCAUACUGGCCCUGCUGCAGGAGUGCUUCGGCGAGGGGCUGAUAACCAUCAACCAGAUGACCAAAGGCUUCACCCGUGUCAAGGAAGGCCUGGACGACCUGGUCCUCGACAUCCCGAACGCGCAGGAGAAGUUUGGGGCGUACGUGGAGCUCGCGACUGGGCGCGGCUGGCUGCUGCCAGCCUUCACCUCGGUUCCCUGAGGCCUCUUCCUUUGGCCUGCGAUGCGAGGCUUGAUGAGUCUCCUAUGUGUACAUUUUGCACCCGUGCUGUCAUCAGCAUCAUACCAAAAGUUUUUCUGCCCCUAGUUUACUUGAAAAUGUUACCUUAUACCGGAAGGAUUGUAGGGUGGAUGUGGUGUCGCUUGUGUUGAGAAUAGUGUCUUAUUGGUCUGGUCUGGGAGGGGUAUGACUUUUGGAGAGUUGAAAAGAAUAAAACCAUUUCGUUUCAGGUUAUGAAGAUGUAUACCCUGUCCCUUGGGUUUUUUGUAA